GUAUAGUAUACUGCACUACAUGAUUAAUGCGCUUGAUAUUAUAAUUUAUGUUGUGUUUUCUGGCAAAUUGAUAGAAUGCUCAAGCAUCUUGUAGGAGGACAUCAAGCUCAUGAGUGAUACUGGACUGGAGGCUUAUAGAUUAUCUAUCUCUUGGCCAAGGCUCCUCCCAAAUGGGAGAGGAACAGUGAAUCCUAAAGGCUUGGAGUAUUACAACAAUGUCAUUGAUGAAUUGAUAAAGUAUGGAAUUCAGCCCCAUGUAACCUUGCAUCAUCUGGAUGUUCCUCAAGUGCUUCAAGAUGAGUAUGGAGGAUGGCUGAGCCCAAAAAUCAUUGAUGAUUUCAAAGAACUAGCUGAUGUGUGCUUUAAAGAGUUUGGCGAUAGGGUUUCCUAUUGGACCACAUUGAAUGAGCCCAACAUCAAUGCUUUAGCCUCCUUUGAUUAUGGUUUUUUUCCUCCUCAACGUUGUUCAUAUCCUUUUGGAGUUAAUUGUACAGGAGGCGAUUCCACAGUGGAGCCAUAUAUUACUGUUCAUAAUUACAUCUUGGCUCAUUCUGCAGCGGUUGAGCUGUACAGAACAAAGUAUCAGAGCAUACAAAAAGGACAAAUUGGAAUCAACAUCUAUUCUGUUGGGUUUACACCAUUGACAAAUUCUACCGAAGAUGUUAUGGCAACAAAGAGAGCAGUUGACUUCAUACUAGGCUGGAUAUUUAACCCAAUUAUGUUUGGAGACUACCCUGAGAGCAUGAAAAAAAAUGCAGGCUCUCGGCUCCCAUCUUUCAGUUAUUCAGAAUCUCAAAAAGUGAAGGGAUCAUUUGACUUCAUUGGUAUUAACUAUUACUUCGCAGUGUUUGUGGCUGACAACCCUGGUAUUACCAAGACAGAUCUUCGAGAUGCGAGUUCUGACAUGUUUGCUAUGUUCACAGCCUUCAAGGAUGUUCCACCAGAAAGUCGGCUCCUUCCACCUCGUGAAUUGAUUGAUGAUUUUGAAAGCCUUUGGAAACUGCUGACUUAUAUCAAAAGCACGUACAAAAAUCCUCCAAUUUACAUUCACGAGAAUGGUUAUGGUUUGGGAGUUGUCGACACAAUGAAUGAUGUACGAAGGGCUUCUUUUCUAGGCGGUUUCAUCGGAAGCAUACUUGAUUCUAUCAGGGAUGGAGUAGAUGCGAGAGGAUACUUUGUUUGGACAUUUGUAGAUGCUUUUGAGUUGCUUGCUGGAUAUAAAUCACGAUUUGGGCUAUACCAUGUGAAUUUUGAGGGCAGUGAACUUGAGAGAACGCCAAAGCAUUCUGCUUAUUGUUACCAAAACUUUCUCAAAAAUGGGGCAGCAAUAAUAGAGAAUAGUGCUUUUGCAGAAAUGUUGUGGGCGUAUACGGCUACAUAUCACGUACAGACUUAAGCCACUGCAUUUGAUUCUACUUUUGUGUUGGAGGUGAUUCUGAUUUUAGAAUUUGAGCUGCCAUCAUUAUCUGAAGCCUUAAGUCCACAUACUGGGAAUUUUCUUAGGGCACGUCGUUAUGUCCAUAUAGCCUAAAAAAUAUUAGGUCA